AUGGUUGAACAGAGGUUGAAGAUGUUUUCAAGCCAUAUAAAAGCCACUCCUUUCUCCCAUUUCUCUUUUAACGCCCCCUCUCACUCAAACCCUAGUCUCAGAAAACCUCACCUCAAACAAAACCCUUACCCCCAAAAUAUGGCAGAAAGAGGCGGAGAGCGAGGCGGAUUUGGGCGCGGUUUUGGCGACCGUGGCAGAGGUGGAGACCGUGGAAGGGGCGACCGUGGUCGUGGCCGCCGUCGUGCCGGUCGCCGUGACGAGGAAGAGAAGUGGGUGCCAGUCACAAAACUCGGCCGACUCGUGAGAGAUAAACGCAUAACCUCCGUGGAACAGAUCUAUCUCCACUCUCUCCCCAUCAAGGAGCACCAAAUCGUCGACGAACUCCUCGGAAACCUCAAAGACGAGGUGAUGAAGAUCAUGCCCGUUCAGAAACAAACCCGGGCCGGGCAGAGAACUCGAUUUAAGGCCUUCGUUGUUGUGGGUGACGGUAAUGGUCACGUCGGACUCGGCGUUAAGUGCUCCAAAGAAGUUGCCACAGCGAUACGUGGUGGAAUCAUAUUGGCUAAGUUGAGUGUGAUUCCAGUUAGAAGAGGUUUCUGGGGAAACAAGAUUGGGAAGCCACACACAGUUCCGUGUAAGGUAACCGGCAAAUGUGGGUCCGUUACCGUUAGGAUGGUGCCUGCUCCUCGUGGUGCUGGUAUUGUUGCUGCUAGAGUUCCUAAGAAAGUUCUUCAAUUCGCUGGUAUUGAAGAUGUUUUUACCUCUUCUCGUGGCUCCACCAAGACUCUUGGUAACUUUGUUAAGGCAACCUUUGAUUGUUUGUUGAAGACUUAUUCAUUCCUGACCCCUGAUCUAUGGAAAGAAACUCGCUUCACCAAGUCUCCAUUCCAGGAGCACACAGAUUUCCUCUCGAAGCCAACUGCCAAGGUGGCCAUGAUCGAAGAUGUUGACAGGGUUGAAGCCUAAACAAACUAUUUUUUAGGUCAAUUGAGCUAAUAGGUUUAUAUCUUGGUGUUUGGUUUUUGUUUUAAUGUCCAUUUUACUUUUAAGAGAAACCAUAUCAUCAUGCAGUUUUGUUUUUUGCUGGAUUUGCUCAUUUAUAUAAAGAGCCACUCUUUAUGUUUCAA